AUGGAGGAGGUGAUAGAGGAGGUGAUAGAGGAGGUGAUGGAGGAGGUGAUAGAGGAGGUGAUGGAGGAGGUGAUGGAGGAGGUGAUAGAGGAGGUGAUGGAGAAGGUGAUGGAGGAGGUGAUGGAGGAGUGGAUAGAGGAGGUGAUAGAGGAGGUGAUAGAGGAGGUGAUGGAGGAGGUGAUGGAGGAGGUGAUGGAGGAGGUGAUAGAGGAGGUGAUAGAGGAGGUGAUAGAGGAGGUGAUAGAGGAGGUGAUAGAGGAGGUGAUAGAGGAGGUGAUGGAGGAGGUGAUGGAGGAGGUGAUGGAGGAGGUGAUAGAGGAGGUGAUAGAGGAGGUGAUGGAGAAGGUGAUGGAGGAGGUGAUGGAGAAGGUGAUGGAGGAGGUGAUAGAGGAGGUGAUGGAGAAGGUGAUGGAGGAGGUGAUGGAGGAGUGGAUAGAGGAGGUGAUAGAGGAGGUGAUAGAGGAGGUGAUGGAGGAGGUGAUGGAGGAGGUGAUGGAGGAGGUGAUAGAGGAGGUGAUAGAGGAGGUGAUAGAGGAGGUGAUAGAGGAGGUGAUAGAGGAGGUGAUAGAGGAGGUGAUAGAGGAGGUGAUAGAGGAGGUGAUGGAGGAGGUGAUGGAGGAGGUGAUAGAGGAGGUGAUAGAGGAGGUGAUGGAGGAGGUGAGGAUAGACUCGAUGAUGGCCGUGUAG